GGGAAGGCACUAUAAGAACCCCCAAGCAGGCCAUCACAAACCAGUCUGCCACAAGACGACAACAUGCGAGCAUCAUUCCUCCUCCUCGCCUUCCUGGCCUCGGCGCUGGCCCAGGAUGCGCCGCCAGUCAAGAUCGAUCUGUACUACGAGACGCUCUGCCCUUAUAGCAUAGAGUUCGUGGUGGACCAACUCUACCCAACCUGGACCAUUCUGAAGGACAUUAUGGAGGUGGAGAUGUUCCCCUUCGGUAACGCCCACUACAAGCAGGAUGGAGAGGGCUGGUCCUUCACCUGUCAACACGGGAAUGGGGAGUGUCGCGCUAACAUGAUCCACGCCUGCGCCAAGGACCACUUCAAGGAUAUCAACAUUGAGAUGGAGUUCGUUAAUUGUCUCCUUUCCUCUGACUAUCCUCCUAAUGCUGGAGCCACAUGCGCGGCGCAGGUGGGGCAGGACUGGGCACCAAUAGACGCUUGUGUCAACUCUGUGGAAGGAGAGAACCUACUGCAUGAAGUGGCCGUGGAACAGGAGAAGCUUAAACCCGCUCUCUACUACGUCCCGUGGAUCCUGGUGAACGACGUACUUGACGGGGACGGUGAGAGCCAAGACAACCUGAAGAAGGUGGUGUGUGACAAUUACACUGGAACCAAACCCGAAGCCUGUAACUCCCCUGCACCCCCCGCACAACGUCCUACUACCAACAAGAAGUCCAUAUCCCCACGCAUGGCUAUACGUCUGGCUAACAGGUCCUAAGAAGGUUUAGUUACGUGUAUAUCCCAAGCACAGUACAGUACAGGGUAUGUGGUGUUGUGGGAGCUUCGUUCUGUUCCCUCCUUCACCAUCCAACACCAUCACCACCGUCAUCUUCAUCACCUGUGUUUUGGUGAGGUCUACUAAAAUGCCUUUCAACAUCUGGCUAUAAGUGUUUCCAAGUAUUUAAACACAUCACUAUCUGGCUAUAAGUGUUACCAAGUAUUUAACACCCUCACCAUCUGGCUGUAAGUGUUACCAAGUAUUUAACACCCUCGCCAUCUGGCUGUAAGUGUUACCAAGUACUAAAACACUUUCCACCUUCUGCUUAUGAGUGUUACCAAGUAUUUAACACCCUCAUGAUCUGGCUAUAAGUGUUACCAAGAUACUUGACACCUACACCAUGUGCCUUGAGGAGUUACCACAACAUCUGGCAGUAAUCAGUCACCAAAUACCACACACCAACACCUGGUCUUAAGUAAUCACCAUGUACCUGCUAAUCACCUCCAACACCUGGGUCACAGUGCUACAUUUUGCCAUGAACCUCGACCCGUGCCAGCGCCAUUGUCAUCAUGAUUGUCGCCAUAUGACGACAACAAAUGUCAGGCUGGGAGGUACAGUAUUAUGUGGUAUAACUUCACCUGUCCAAUAAAGGCAGCAUUAUCAUA